AUGGAUACCAAUCCUAUAGUGAAUGGCAGCCAUGGAAAGCAAAAGAUUAAGCUAUCCACUCUCAUGGACUUUAUAAUCCAGAAAGCUUACCAUGACCUAAAUGUACUCACUGAAAUAUUACCAAGGAAGGGUGAUGUUGAAAGGAAAAUUGCCAUUUAUCGUUAUUCAGCGUCUAUGCGUCAGCAAUUUGUACGCUUACUGGCUAUUGUCAAAUGGGCUACGAAAGCAGAAAAGAUAGAAAAAUGUUUUCAAUUGUGCGAUUUUUUGGAACAAGAAGGCAAAAUUUUUGUGGAUACCGCUGAUGAGUUAUAUCGCAUCGCUAAUGAAAUGCUUCCACAAGCUAAGCUGCCAUAUUUUGAUUUAAUAAGUGCAGCUGAAGUCCUCUCGCGUGGUUCUUACUCACUUUUACCGACAUGUAUCAAGGAUAAAAUUAUCCCUCUUCCUCCGAUGACGCGAGACGAUAAAAAGACAACUUUACAAAAAUUAAAUGAGGUUAUUAAAGAUAGACUACUUCGAUCGAAUGUACCACAGGGAAUAUCCAAAACAGUUAUAGGUAAUGGUCAACUAACUUUAACCGUAGAAGGAGAAUUUGAGGUUGUUUUAACUUUACUUGGUGACGAUCCGGCUUUACCAUGGCGUUUGUUAUCUAUAAAAAUUUUAAUUGAAGAAGCUGAUAUUGGAGAUUAUUUAUGCUUAUCUCUACAACUAGAAGUUUUACAUUCUCAGGCUGAAAAUUUAGUGGCACAUCGGUGGGCAGGGUAUGUAAAGCUGAUCGAUCAUCUACCUGGUGGAAAGCUUAUUUUGUCAUAUUGGAGAAAAAAGGAGAUUCAAGACCAAUUAACGCUAUCAGAAGAUAGAGUAGACUAUACCUUAACUGUAUAUAUUGAUCAAGAGAAAAAUGAUACACCGCUUUCAGUAGAGCAUUUUCCUGUUCAGGAAGAAUUGAAUACCUCAUUAAAUAAACUUGAUUUAAAAAAACGAGGUGGACUUUCCAUUGAAACCUUGCUAAUGGAAGCUAUCGAAAAGAGAUCAUUAUCGAAGCUUAUGGAGGUCAAACAUGCACUGCAAAGUAGUGGACUUAAUUUGCCUGUAAAACUUGAACGCGAUAGAAUUCCUUCUCUUGUUGUUAACUUAAUUGAUGAUGACGAUUCAUCUGAGCGUCUAUUACUGUCUGUUGACACUAAAUCUGGAGAUACAAAGGCUAUGUUUUCAAGUGAUUUGAGUCUUAUAGAUGAAAAUGUAAAUGUGAAUAAGCUGUGUAAUAUCAUUGCUGAUGCCAAAAUUGAAGCCCAUUUAAGAAUUUGUCUACAAGCUUUAGCACCACUUCCUGUCACGUGCAAUCGGAGGUUACCUAUUCACUGUGAUAGCUUUGACCUACUGGAUAAGAUUAGUAAACAUCGACUGUUUGUUAAGCUACAUGAUUUGGAUCAGUACUAUUUGAUAAUUGGAGUAGAAUGUUCAAAGGAUCUUAAUGUGAAAGAAUCAUUUUAUUUGAUGAAUGUUAAUGAUUCCACCCUUGGCAACUCAUCGGAAGAUGUAGCAUUUCACUGUGCUUCUUUUAUUAAAAUUCGAGAUGUAAAAUCCUGUCAGAUUUCGGAUAGCGAAUAUCAUUUGAUGAAUGUUACUGAAGGAGUCAAAAAUUCGCCUAGCAAAAAGAGAAAGUUCGAAGCCGCUUUCGGAUUAUCAGUUGGAUCAACAAAACACAUAAAAUUUGCUCGUACAAGAGUUGUAGAUAUGAUACACUUUACCUUAUCUACAGUUGCUCAUGCACAACUUUGUAAAGGGUUACAGAGAGCAAAUUUCCUUUAUGAGAAAAUUUAUAAAGACAUACAUGGAGACAACGUCUUGAAAAUCUUAUGGCCUCCAAAAUUUCCAGAUUUGUGUUCUCCAAUAAUAAUGGAUAGUAUUUUAAAGAAUUUAAUUGAUUUUCGCGUUCGUUUGGUUGAUGAUGGAUUUCAGUGGAAAUGGCUGGCUGAAGUUACAUUCAAGAAUCACCCAGUAACUGCCUUGAAAGCGAGUAAAUCUAUAGAAGAAGAGCAUAUUCGAUUUAUCGUAAGUUACGAUACAAAUCACAAAUGGAAUCCAUCUACAGGAGAUAUCUCACUUAAGUUAUUGGAUGAUUGGAAGGGUAUUAUUAUUCUCUAUCGCCUGACAUCAGAUUUAGCUGAAGCCCUUCAAGGUAACAUUAGCAUAGUAAUUUGCACGGUUUUAGAUUUUAUGGUGAGAAUCAGCUGGUGUGAUAAAAUGUUUAAACUGCGGUUUAGUUCUAUAUCGAAUGCGAAUGCGAAUUUCGGUGAAAAUCCACAUAAUUUGAUACUUGACCAUCUUCAACAUAAGCUAAAUAAUAGCAAGGAUAUUGUAAAAUUACUAGAGAAACUUUCAACAGCGGCUUUGGCUUUUACAGUCUUACCGUUAUCUUGUGAUCAUCUGCGAAUUCAGUUUCGCCAUUUCUUUAUAAUGGAUGUACAUUUAAAGAAUUCAAACUCUGUUAUUAUUCAUGAUAUGGGAAAAAAUACAGAGGUAGCUGUUAUUCCAGGAUUUAAAGAAUUUAUAACAAAAUUUAUCGAGACAGUUGACACCUCAAUGGCUUUUACAAACGAUAUUUCAGAAAGUAAUAUUAUGGAUACAGAGGAUACAUAUCCUAAUCGACCCAAUUCUGCGGAUAAUUCUCAUGCUGAUGCAACCUUAGCAAUUGAAGCAUUAAAGGAGAUGACGUCGACUGUCGAAUCUCCAACUCUACCGUUUAGUACCUCGCCAUUUAUAAGUGGCCAUAAUUCUAGUCCCCUAUUCAUCUUUUCCACCUCAGAUUUUAUACAGGCCGAUAAUUCGCCCAGUGGUAGACGAAUUGGUGAAAAUCAUUCAUCUCCGCAAGCUUCAGUUCCAAAUCAGCUAGCUGCAAUUGUUAGCGGUAAUGAAAAUCAAACAUUUACUGGAAAUUAUUUAAAUAAUCCUCCGACUAAGCUCCAGAAACAAGAAUAUUGGGCUUCAUUGUCUAAAGUAUCUACUUUGACGUCAGCUAGAAGUGAUUCUGUUGAAAUUAGUCAGGCUGCUUUUGCUAAAUUACUGGAACCUGUUAGUACAGAUGAAAGUCUGAGUGGUUGUCUGCUGUCUCCCUUUGAACGUUAUCUAAGUUGCGCGUUUCUCUUGCAACAAAUUAAACGCUCAGCAAAAUCCUGUGAUGUAUCGGUAGGUAACGAGACAAGUAGGAUUGUAAAUUUGAGAUUUUCCAUGGACAAUAUGAGCGCAGAGGCUAUGAUUGAUGUAUCGCAUCUGCCUACUUUAAGAUUGGGAUUGCUAUCGUCUAGAGAUAAUUUUAUGAAAGAAGAUGAUGUGCGGACUUUAGUGGAGUUUUUUAGAUUGAAGGUCGCUUCUUAUCCAUAUAAAGCUGGCAGUCUAUCAUCCUUCCUAACAUUAAUUACAGCUCCCGUAAAAAUUUUGGAAGAUUGUAUUAAUAUAAUGAAAUUAGAGCUAUUUCCUGAUCCUAAAAGGUCUUGGAAAGUUUGUUGGUGUUUGACUAUACCGCCUAAUUGUCCUAAAAUUGCCCCACUUGGUUUUCAGGCUGUAGCUUUAAAAGCGAAGUUAUUAAUUGUUUUACAGUUUUGGAAAUAUGGUGUAACACCCUUAGUUAUUCCCAUCGUAUGUAGCGUUCAAGAUGGUUCUGUGAACGUACUUGAUAGUGUAUAUCCAGAUGGCGUAGAUUCUAAUCUAUUAAGUGCAGUCAAGUCUAUCCUCAAAUCUCGCAAAGAUGUUUACCCAUCUUCAAGGGACAGGUGUCAACUAUUCGAAACUGUUCGAGAAAUUUUGGCGAAAUUAUAA